AAUUGUCGCCUCAUCUGAGUCUCCAUUCUUCCCUAGGGUUUGUCAUCUCUCAAUUCUCGAUUCCUAGUCGUCUGUCCUCAAUCGAUUCUCCAUGAACUCCUUACUCUCUGAGUAUGUUCACUCUCGCAAGAGGGUCCGGGAUCUAACUGUUGAGCGAGAUGAGGGUUUGGCGACAAUAAAUCGCUACGUUGUCGAUCCGAAGCGUGUCCUUCGUCCUUUUAUAUUCGUUACCAUGAGGCGGCAAGUCGAUGCUCUCGUACACCGCAAGAGCAUCCAAGAUUCCUUUCAGCCAUCCUCCAUUAUGAUCAGAACAGGCGAAAAUGCCCGUGCUUUAUUUGAUGCGGUGACAGUAGUUCGUCUGGGCUGCCGUGUGAGAAUUGCAUCAAGCCGUGUGCGCAAUCGGACCACGAAGGAUUACCGCAAGUACCAAUCACUGUACUAUGCGUUGAGGGUUUCUGUGGAGGCGUUGGAAGAAGAGUACCGACGAUGUGAGCAGCUCUACAAGAGGUUCCGUGAUGCGAACGUGGUCAAGGUAUCCAACGGAGAUGAACUGAAUGCCUUGAUCUAUGUUAAAAACAGUGGUGGUUGGAGGGCGAACACUAUCGUCAUACCUACCUUGAAUGCUUUUGCAAAUGUUGGAGCUCUGGAGCAAGAUAUUGAGGAAGCAGGAUUUGUAUUUCUGCUUGGGGACCAUGCUGAUGCUCAAUAGAAGAAGGGAGUACAUAGAAAGCUUUUGAUGUAAUUGGGGAUAUAGAUAGAUCUUGUCUGGUUUUGAAACUUUUAACAGGCCUUUUGUAAUUAACGGUACAAAGCAAGCAAGUUUGUUAUGUAAUUGGGAAUAUAGAUAGAUCCUGCCUGUUUUUGAAACUUUUAACAGGCAUAGUUCAGACUUUUGUGUUUGGUUGUUGGUUUAGUAAGAGGAAACUCUCAGACGAAUUUAAGAGUUCCCCCAACUUUUCAAUGACUGGUGUUUACAGUUAAAAGUUACAAAGUUUGCAUCUUUUUCGUUUAACUUCCUUCAUGAAGUGGUUUCUCUCUUUCUCUGUUCAAAAUUGGGUUGUUGUGUGCCAGUCGAGUCUUACUUUUGUGUGCUGAAUGUUCUAACCUUUCUUUUCACUUUCUGGAGAUGUGUUCAUCAGUUCUUGUCUUAAUUCAAGGAAGGCAAACUAGACAAAAAGAGACAAGUGCACACAAAAACCAAAACCAUUUUCACUCCGAUUAUGUUACAUUUGGUUACAUCAGAAAUCAAGAGGGAAACCAAAGCAAAGAAGAUAAAAAUGAACUUAAUUCUAUGCUAUAACUUUGCACACCGAAAAACGAUAAACAGGAAUCCACGUGAACUGGUUAAUCCUCUCU